AUGUCGGGUGCAAAAUAUCAUCAAGCGCCUUAUAGCGACAACUAUGGUGAUAAUUUCUCGCCAAGCCCUCAACCAUACUCUGAGGGUCAAGGUUACAACGACAGUACUGCUGGUUUAAGGGAUAAUGAGUACCCCAUGAACAGCGGGAACCCCUACGCCGCAACCGCAUCUCACCCCCAGCGCGCUCCCAAGAAGCGCAAGUGGCUCUGGUGGAUUGUCGGCGCUAUCGUCCUCCUCUGUGUUAUCGUCGGCGCAGUCCUCGGUGGUGUUCUUGGCAGCCGUGCCAAGAACAACAAUGACAAGGGCUCAUCCAGCGGCGGCAAUGCUGCAGCCACUGGUGCUCCCGGCAAGGAUGGCAACACCGCGUUCGCGACCGGCACAAAGGGCGCCGAUGACGGCAACACUGCUCUUCCGACCAUGCUUUCGUACUGGGCUACCAACAUGGCCGCCCAGACUCAGUCUGGCGUGAAUGGCCAGAUCUACCUUGCCGUGGCCACGGACACCAACAUGCUUCCCGCCUACGUUACUGGUACCAACACUGCUGGAUACUCUGAGCCCACCAAGGACGCGCAGCCCGGCCAGAACGGCGCGUGGCCCUCGGACGACUCGUCGCCGUCGUCCUCCAGCCCGCGAGCCCACCCCCGUAUCAUCGCUCCCAAGUACAAGUGGGACGCUCUCACCAACGGUCUGAUCAACGGUGACCCCUACCUCACCCACUGGCACAAAAUCAUUAUCGACAACGCGACUGCCACGCUCAACGAGCCUCCUACCGCUUACAUUGAGGAUGGUGGUCUGACCGGCUCGGGUGUGCUCGAUGUUGCUCGCCAGGUCAAGGUCAAGAUCAAGAACCUUGCGUACGCUUACCGCACCACGGGCGAGACCAAGUAUGUUGACCGCGCCUGGCUCGAGCUCCGCACCGCAUCGGGUAACAACCCGGACGUUUCGUUCGGCAACGGAACCACGGCCUGGAACGGCGCCGGUCACUUCCUCGACCUGGCCGAGUUCACCUCCGCCUUCGCCAUCGGAUACGAUUGGCUCUUCGACGUGUGGACCACGGAACAGAAGUCGACUAUCCGCACCGCCAUUUUCAACAUGGGCCUUACCUACGGUGUCAACGCGCUCACCGGCACGAAUGGCGGCGGCGCCUACAACUGGUGGACUGGUGUUGACCCUGGCAAGAACACCCAGGUGAUUGACGGCAACUGGAACUGUGUCAACAACGCCGGUCUCAUUCUUGGUGCCCUUGCUGUCAUGGACGAGGACCAGGACGGAAUGGCCGCUCAGAUCCUGCAGCUUGCUGUCCCCGGUGCCGAGGCCAACUGCUUCCAAGGCGCCUACUCGGACGGCACGUGGGCCGAGACCCCCAACUACUGGUACUUUGGCACAACCGGCGCUGCCGAGAUGGUCUCUGCUCUUCAGACCGCGCUUGGCGGCACCAACGGUGUUUCGCUUGCCACCAGCAGCCCCGGCUUCAACCUCACCUCGCUCGCACACAUGUAUGUUACGGGCAUGACUGCCAAGUUUGAGUACGGCGACCACGGACCCAACAAGUACUCUGCGACCGCCAACUCGCUUCUCCUUUGGAGCCAGAUCUUCAACGAGCCCCGUUACGCACUCUACCAGCGUGACCAGUACGACGCGUCGGAGCCGUUCUCCAUGUUCUGGUACGACCCCACUGUUGAGGGUACUUGGUGGGCCAACCUGCCGAUCGACCGCCACUUCGGCGACAAGAAGGGCGAGUGGGCCACUGCUCGCUCGUCGUGGAGCGACAACUCUGGUACCUACUGGGCCAUGAAGGCUGGUACCCUCUUGAACCACCAGACGCACGGCGACCUCGACCUUGGAGACUUUGUUAUCGACGCCAUGGGCUACCGCUGGGCUGGUGAGCUGGGCUCGGACCAGUACCUUGGUACGGGCUACUUCUCGAGCGAGGCACAGGACUCUCCCCGCUGGAACUACUACCGCAAGCAGACCGAGGGCCAGAACACGAUCCUCAUCGGCGAUGCCAACCAGCUCGUCACCGCCCCUGCUCCGACUACUAACUGGGAUUCGACUGGAACCGCCCAGGGUGUUGCUCCUUACCUCGCCCUCGACACUGCCGACACUGCUUUCUUCACCAUGGACAUGUCGGCGGCUUACGGUACCGGCGCGUCGGUCAAGCGCGGUAUCCGUUUCCUGAACGGCCGCAAGCAGAUUCUCGUUCAGGACGAGGUCACUGGUCCUUCGGGUUCGGGCAUCAUGUGGCGGAUGCAGACCAACGCGACUGUCGAUGCUCAGGGUGCCUCGGCCACCCUCACCUCGCAUGACGGCAAGGUCUGCAAGGUCGACAUUGUCAAUGGCGACGGCACCUUUACCACCAUGCAGCCUACCCACCUGACGGGUACUGCUCCCGCCGACGAGAUGCCCAACCCUGGCGUCACUGUCCUGGUCAUCAACAACGCUGCUGGUGGCUCGCUCAACGUUGACGUCCUCUUCACUCCUCAGUGGCCUGGUGAGAGCAACUUUGUCACCCCCACCCAUGUCGCUCUCGACUCAUGGACACUCUCGUCACACUAG